AUGCCCGAGCUCGGCGCUCAGCGCCUCUUCUCGCUCCACGGCAAGAUCGCGCUCGUGACCGGUGGCGGUACCGGUAUCGGCAAGAUGAUCGCAGCCACCUACAUCCGCAACGGUGCCAAGGUGUACAUCGCCAGUCGAAAGCUUGCAGACCUGCAAAAGGUUGCUGAGCAGCUGAGCAAGCUCGCGCCCAGCGAUCCUGAGGGCAAGAAGGGGCUCUGUGUGGCGCUCCAGGCCGACGUCGGCAGCAAGGCCGGAUGCGAUGCGCUCGCUGACCAGGUCAAGAAGGCCGAAUCCAGACUCGACAUUCUGGUCAACAAUUCGGGUCUCACCUGGGGUGCACCCAUGGUCGACUUCCCCGAAGACAAGGGCUGGAACAAGGUGUUUGACCUCAACGUCAAGAGUCAGUUCUACCUCACCGUUGCGCUGUUGCCGCUGCUCGAAAAGGGAAAGAGCAACCUCGAGCACGCAACGGUUCUCAACAUUGCUUCUACCGCUGCUAUCGUGCCCCUUGCUGAAGGCGGUCUCUCUGCUCCCGGUAACGGCACCUAUUCUUACCAACCAUCCAAGGCUGCAUCGCUGCACCUCACCAAAGUGCUCGCCAACUCGCUCGCCGAGAGGUUCAUCAUGGUCAACGCCAUCUGCCCCGGUGUGUUCCCCUCGCGCAUGACCGCGUACGGUCUCGAGGAGAACCGCGACCUGCUCGAAGGCAUCCAGCCCACCGGUCGUGUGGGUACGCCCGAGGACAUUGGCGGUGUCGCCAUGUUCUUUGCGUCUCGUGCAGGUGCUCACUGCACCGGUACUGGUAUCGUUGUUGACGGCGGUCAGAGCAUUCAGUUCCAGCCUCGCCUGGACGCAUUGGACAAGCAAAGCAUCGGAACCGAAGAGGUUGCGUCAGCGAUCGUCGCUAUGCUGCAAAAAGAGCUAGAACGUGAUUGCGUCCUCACCUCUCUUGACAAACUCGGCGAGAUCGAGCUUGGCCUGGAUCUCCUUUUCAUCGGUAAGGGACGCAGUGACUUCAACAUGGACCGCUUCAAACAAGACUCUGAGCUUGACGAGGCGACCAAAGCCGAGACCGCCGAUGCCCUCGCCAAAUCGCGCCAGUUCCUCACCUCACGUCUUCUGCCCGACCUCGAUCGCGCAAAUCGUGACCACCAAAGCCUCGUCGCCCAGAUCGACGAGUACAAGAAGCUCCGCGAAACGCUCAGAUCACUAGACACCGACGAAACUAGUAUCAAGCACUCAGUCUCGAAACACAAGGAUGCGGUGUUGCUCGCAGAUAUCGGCGGAGGAGUCGCUGCAGAGACACAACUCGUGCACGAUGAGAACCCCAUCAUCUCGCUCGGUCUCGCCAACUUCUACGCAGAGCUCACCAACAGAGAAGCAAGAGCCUUCAUCACCAAGAAGCUGUCCUUGCUCGAAACCAAACGCGAUCGAGCAAUAGACAAGCUCGCCAAGAUCGAGGCUCAUAUUCACCUUACUUCCACCUCGAUUACGCAGCUCGACAAUCUGCACCGCGGUGGUUCAAUUGUUGACGAUGUGUAG